UAUUACUACUACUACUUUUCUACUAGUACUACUAAUACUACUAGUACUACUACUACUACUACAACUACUACUAGUACUACUACUACUACUAGUACUAGUACUACUAGUACUAAUACUACUACUAUUACUAAUAGUACUACUAAUACCACUAGUACUACUACUACUACUAGUACUACUACUACUACUACUAGUAAUACUACUACUACUUCUAGUACUACUACUAAUACUAGUACAACUACUACUACUACAACUACUACUAAUAAUACUACUACUAAUAUUACUACUACUACUACCAGUACUACUACUAGUACUACUACUAAUACUACUAGUACUGAUACUACUACUACUGCUACUACUAGUACUACUAAUACUACUACUAGUACUACUACUACUACCACCAAUACUACUACUACUAGUACUACUAGUAGUACUACUACUACUACAAGUACUACUACUACUACUAGUACUACUAAUACUAGUACUAAUAAUACUACUACUACUACUAGUACUACUACAACUACUACUACUAGUACUACUACUACUACUACUAGUACUACUACUAGUACUAUGAGUACUACUACUACUACUACCAGUACUAAUAACACGACUACUACUACUAGUACAACUACUAGUACUACUAGUAAUACUACUACUACUACUAGUAAUACUACUAGUAAUACUACUACUACUAGUACUACUACUACUAGUACUAUACUACUAUAUACUACUACUAAUAAAAGUACUACUACUACUACUGCUACUUCUACUACUACUACUAGUACUACUAUUACUACUAGUACUACUACUAAUACUACUACUAGUACUACUACUAGUACUACUACUACUCCUAUUACUACUACUACUAUUCCUACCAAUACUAAUACUACUAUUAAUAGUACUAAUAUUAUUACUAGUAUUACUAACACUACUACUACUACUAGUACUCCUAAUAAUAGUACUAAUAGUACUACUAAUAAUACUACUACUACUACUAGUACUCCUCCUACUACUACUACUAGUACUACUACUAAUACUACUACGACUAUUAGUACUACUACUACUAGUACUACUUCCACUAGUACUACUACUACUACUAGUACUAAUACUACUACUACUACUACCAGUACUACUACUAGUACUACUACUACUAAUAGUACUACUAGUACUACCACUAGUACUACUACUAGUACUACUACUAGUACUAUUAAUAUUACUACUAUUACUACUAGUAGUACUAAUACUAAUACUACUAGUGCCACUACUACUACUAGUACUACUACUACUAGUACUACUACUACUACUAGUACUACAACUAAUACUAUUACUACUACUACUAUUACUAGUACUAAUAUUAUUAUAAUUAAUAUUACUACUACUAAUACUACUACUACUACUAGUAUUAAUAAUACUGCUACUACUAAUACUACUACUAAUAGUACUAUUACUAAUACUAGAACUACUACUACUAAUACUACUACUCUACUACUA